AUGGAUGAGGAUUUGGUUGUGAAAAGGGGCCAGCGUAACAGGGGCCAGCGUAACAGGGAUUACAUUUUUGUCAAGGACCCUUAUGGAACUCCAAACUUGGCCAGGUCGAUGAACGCUCGCAAUCAGUUUAACUUCCUGGAUGAAGAGGACCAAUAUUGGAAUGAGAACGGAUCGACGAACUCUUCGUUUUUCGAUGAUCGACGACCGAACGAGCUGCUCGCGAAGCAUGAAUUGACGAGAAUGGCCAUGGAUAAUUUAUUCGAAGAUGUGAGGACACCAUGUGAGGCGUUGACCAGCAAACAACCACCACCACCCCCUCAAUCAGCCCAAACUACUCCUACUUGGAAAAACAAUGUUGCGUUUAGUGCUGGACCGAUCAGAUCAGCUACCACGACACCACUGAAAAUGGAGGCGCCAAGGCUUCCACCGAAAGCUCCAUUUCCCGAUAUUGGAUUGAAACCAGCGGCCUCGGUUGUGUCAAUUGCUCCAUCGGAAUGCAGCGUUUCGUCGUUUCCUUCUGACGCACAACAACAGGAAAUCGAUUACAAUAGGUUGAAAAACGAACACCGCAAAUUGCAGCGACACUUUGAGAUGAUACGCGCUGAGCGGUAUAAAGCGCUCGAUGUGCGUGAGACGACGCGAAGAUUGUUCAUGAAUGAGCCGGUGGCUUUGGAUUUGUACAAGUCAAAGGCGGAGAAACUUGCUCUACUCGACUAU